AUGUCGAACAACGCGUUCAACGUCCUUGCUGAGAAGUCGGGCGCUGUGCCACGUGCUUCCGCCGUCGCAUCAGCUCCUACCAAUACGGGUCAUAACGAGGGUACAAGUUACUCAAUCUCCGCUGAGGAGGCCGAGAGCUUCGAUACUGUCGCUGCCUCUGCUAAGAAGGAGAAGCAGCCAGCCCCUCCCCCGGUUGUCGCCAAGGAAGUCGAGUACGUACCAUUUGUACACACGAUCAACUCGACAGGCGAGUCGACCGUGACUUGGUUCGAGAAGAAACAGCCACAGACUAUCAAAAAGCAUGAUGUGGCCGACGAUGGAGAGAAGACCCUGGUCCUAAAGAACCGCAAGGUCAAGCAGCAGCAGAAGAAGAACAACAAGUAG